AUGUCUCCUUCAAGCUUCAGCAAGUCUCUCUUAUUCGCCUCUCCAACGCCUGCGCCAACGUCAACAUCCAGACAUGAGCGUCAACAAUCGUACUCGCCCACGGCAACCUUCAGCGCUGUUCCCUCCCACCUCCGCACACAUUCUCUCCAGCGACAGGCAAGCACGUCCAGCACCUUUGCUCCCAAGUUCAUCAAGUCCGAGGAAAUGCGCAAAAGCGAAGACAGAAUCUCAGCCAUUGAAGGCGAGAAUGACUUUUCCGGAAAGCGCUACGUGUGGGUUAAAGAUCCCGAAAAGGCAUUCGUUCGUGGCUGGAUAACAGAGGACCUCCCUGGAAACAAGGUUCUUGUACAAUUUGCCAAUGGCUCAUCAACAGAAGCCGAUGUCGACGAGGUGGAUAAGGUCAACCCAGCAAAAUUUGACAAGGCCGACGACAUGGCAGAGCUCACCCAUCUCAACGAAGCUUCAGUCAUUCACAACCUUUACACCCGGUAUCAGGCCGAUCUCAUCUACACCUAUUCCGGCCUAUUCUUGGUGACCAUCAAUCCUUACUGUCCCUUGCCUAUUUACGGUAACGACUAUGUUCGCAUGUACAAGGGCCAAGCCCGAGAAGACACUCGGCCACAUAUCUUCGCCGUCUCAGAUGCCGCCUUCCGUCGCUUGGUUGAAGAGGGAGAGAAUCAAAGCAUAUUGGUGACUGGAGAGUCUGGAGCAGGGAAAACCGAGAAUACAAAGAAGGUUAUCCAAUACCUCGCUGCGGUUGCCACAUCAGAUCUGGACACACCACUGACAGGGAGGACGCCCGGGAAACAACUCUCCAAUCUCUCUCAGCAAAUCCUCCGUGCCAAUCCAAUUCUCGAAUCCUUUGGUAAUGCCCAGACAGUCAGGAAUAACAAUUCCUCAAGGUUCGGUAAAUUCAUUCGCAUCCAAUUCACUCGGUCGGGGCAGAUUGCGGGCGCCUUCAUAGAUUGGUAUCUUCUCGAAAAGUCACGAGUGGUCAAAAUCAGUCAACAGGAACGAAGCUACCAUGUCUUCUACCAACUGCUGGCAGGUGCUGACCAACGAAUGAGAGAUGCAUUACUGAUUUCAGGCAUGGACGUGGAGGACUUCACAUAUACGCGAGCAGGCAACGACACCAUUGGCGGUGUGUCCGAUCGCGAUGAGUGGAACACGUUGAUUGAGGCAUUCCACAUCAUGAAUUUCUCCGAAAAAGAGCAAAUAGCCAUCUUCAGAACCAUUGCAGCUAUUUUGCACCUUGGUAAUGUGGGAGUCCGGCAAGAAAGCAGAGCAGCAGACCAAGCUUCGCUCACUCCAGAAGCUCGAACGUCGGUGGACAAGGCCUGCCGAUUACUGGGUGUCCAAUCGGACCCGUUUGUGAAAGGCCUUCUCCAUCCGAAAGUCAAAGCCGGGCGGGAAUGGGUGGAGAAAGCCCAAACACCCGAACAAGUACGUCUUGCUCUUGAUGCUUUGGCAAAAGGCAUUUAUGAGCGUGGCUUUGGAGAUCUAGUAUCGAAAAUCAACAAUCAACUGGACCGAGGAGGCGUCAGCAGCGACGACAGUCACUUUAUCGGAGUGCUUGACCUGGCUGGUUUCGAAAUUUUCGAGACGAAUAGCUUCGAGCAACUCUGCAUCAACUACACCAAUGAGAAGCUCCAACAAUUCUUCAACCACUAUAUGUUUGUUCUGGAACAAGAAGAAUAUGCUCGUGAGCAAAUUGAAUGGCAAUUCAUUGACUUUGGCAAAGAUCUACAGCCGACAAUCGAUCUGAUCGAGCUUCCCAACCCAAUCGGAAUCUUCUCUUGCCUCGACGAAGAUUCAGUAAUGCCCAAGGCUACGGACAAAUCAUUCACCGAGAAGCUCAAUUCCUUGUGGGAGAACAAGACUCCAAAAUACGCCCCUGCCCGCACUAGGCAGGGGUUUAUCCUCACACAUUACGCCGCAGAAGUUGAGUACUCAACUGAAGGUUGGUUGGAGAAGAAUAAAGACCCUUUGAACGACAACCUGACCCGGCUUCUUGCUGCGUCAAAAGAUGAACACAUUGCCACCCUGUUCUCCGAUUGUGUCGAGGAGGUCGAUGAACCGUACAGCCCCCGAAGUCGAGUCAAGAAAGGCUUGUUCCGGACCGUUGCACAAAGACACAAAGAACAAUUGAGUAUUCUGAUGAGACAACUGCACUCAACCCAACCCCAUUUCGUCCGCUGCAUUCUGCCCAACCACAAGAAAAAGCCCAAACAGUUCGUUGCGCCACUGGUUCUGGACCAGUUGAGAUGUAAUGGCGUGCUCGAGGGUAUCCGGAUAGCACGUACCGGUUUCCCCAAUCGUUUGACCUUUGCAGAAUUCCGCUCAAGAUACGAGGUUUUGUGCGAGAAUAUGCCAAAAGGCUAUCUAGGAGGCCAGGAGGUGGCAAAGAUCAUGCUUGAUCGACUCAAGAUGGAUCAGUCCAACUAUCGUGUCGGCCUCACAAAGGUCUUUUUCCGUGCAGGAGUCCUGGCCGACUUGGAAGAGCAACGCGACAGUCUCAUCCGGGAGAUCAUGUCCAGAUUUCAGUCUGUUGCUCGAGGCUUUAUGCAACGGCGGGUGGCUUUUAAACAACUCUAUCGCGCAGAAGCCACGAGGGUCAUUCAACGGAAUCUCAACGUAUACCUUGAUCUCCAGGCCAAUCCAUGGUGGCGGCUCUUUGUUCGCAUGAAACCGCUACUUGGAGCGACCCGAACCGCAAGUGAAGUCAAGAAGCGAGACGAGAAAAUCGAACAAUUGCAAGCGAAGGCGAGGCAAGACGCAGCAGAGCGACAACGCGUUGAAGACGAACGAAGGCGUGCAGAAAUUGAAGCCCACCGAAUCCAACAGACCUUGGAUUCAGAACGAGCGCUAGCUUUGGAUAAAGAGGAGAUCUUCAAACGAUUACAAUACCGUGAAAACGAGCUGAGUGAGAAGCUGGCCGAGGCCAUUGCUGAGCAAGAGACACUGGAAGACCAAUUAGAUGAGGCAUUGGAUUCCAAAAAGAAGACUGAAGAAGAGCUAGCCACUCGUCGAGAACAAGUUCUGCAGGCUGGCCAGAUCAUAACGAGACUGGAAGCGGAGAAAAAAGAGCUUCAAAGACAGAUCGACAAACUAGAAGACGAGCUGGAAAGUGUGGAAAGGUCGCAUACACAGAACGAUGACCGGCUAGAAACCAUCAGUCAGGAGCUCCGUUCAUUGCGAAGUAACCUAAGCGUGAAAGACCGCAAGAUAUCUGAACUGGAGACAAAUCUGCAGCAAGCUGAGAAGGACAGGGAGACUCGCACUUCGAGUCUUGAACAGGAACUUCGAUCUCUGAAAAGUCAACUCUCACAACGCGACAGGGCGACAGAAGGUCUUGAGCAGGAGCUACGUUUGCUGAAAAGCCAACUCUCUCAGAGAGACAAAACAACAGAAGAAAUGGAGAAGAAACUUCAUCGCACUGAAUGCCUCCGGGCAGAAGAGAACAGAAGACAAGCAGAGGACUUUGACGUGCAAAUCCGGUCGUUGCGGAAUGAACUGAGUUCCAAAGAGCGCAAACUGCAAGAGCUCGAAACCGCUCUGUCCAAAAUUGACAAGGACGCCGAGACUAAACUGUCGCAAACCACGGGCGAAUUGACCACCACGAAGAGGCUGCUUCGAGAAGUCCAGGGCCAGAACGAGGAGCUGAGGAAUCAACUCACCACUAUGUCCCUUGAUUCCUCGAAGCAUGAAGAAUCACUGCGCCGCAAAGAAGGGGAAUUAACAGCACUCAUGGCAGAUGUGGAACGACACGAGCGCGAAAAAUCGAGUCUGCGAAAAGAAAAUGAUAGAUUGAGAGGAGGACAUGAGGAUUUGGCGGUGGAGAAGAGGGAGGUGAUGGCGCAGAUAGAACAGAUGCGAGAGCAGCGGACGAGGAUGGAGAGAGAGGCAGCCGAGGUUAAGAAGUGUUUGGAGAGAGUUAUGCCCUUCUUCUCGCAGAAUUUCUCAUGA